AAAUUGUGCAGAAGUCACAUAGAGAUGCUGAAGAGAUUCAAAGUGUGGACAUACAAAGAAGGUGAACCACCGUUAGUCCAUGAUGGGCCCAUGAAUUCAAUUUAUGGAAUUGAGGGACAUUUCAUGGCUGAAAUCGAUAACGGAGUGAGUCCAUUUUCGGCCCGGCAUCCAGACGAGGCCCAUGUCUUAAUGCUACCCAUAAGCGUGACCAACAUCGUGAAGUUCCUAUACCAUCCUCUCACCACCUACUCUCGGGAUCAACUGUUGCGGAUCACCAUUGAUUAUGCCAGCAUCAUAGCCCGCAGGUACCCAUACUGGAAUAGAAGCCAAGGAGCUGAUCAUUUCCUAGCCUCUUGUCAUGACUGGGCACCAGAUAUCUCAAGAGAGGAAUCAGGCAAAGAGAUUUUCAAGAAUUUAAUAAGAGUGUUAUGCAAUGCCAACACAUCCGAAGGGUUUGAUCCUGAAAGAGACGUCUCAAUACCUGAAAUGAACUUGCAAGGUUACAAGUUGAGCUCACCAGUUCCUGGCCAAGAACCCCAUCAUCGUUCUAUACUUGCUUUCUUCGCUGGAGGGGCACAUGGCAGAAUAAGGAAGAUAUUGUUAGAGCACUGGAAGAACAAAGAUGAAGAAGUUCAAGUUCAUGAGUAUCUUCCCAAAGGCCUUGACUAUCACGGCCUCAUGGGACAAAGCAAGUUUUGCUUGUGCCCAAGUGGCUACGAAGUGGCAAGUCCUAGAUUGGUGGAGUCUAUCAACUCAGGUUGUGUCCCUGUGAUUGUUUCUGAUUACUAUCAACUUCCCUUCAGUGAUGUUCUUGAUUGGACCAAAUUUUCUUUGCAUGUUCCAUCAGAGAGGAUAGCUGAGAUCAAGACAAUACUGAAAAGUGUUCCACAUGCCAAAUACUUGAAAUUGCGUGAGAGAGUAAUCAAAGUUCAAAGACAUUUUGUGCUGAAUCGACCGGCUAAACCGUUUGAUGUGUUUCAUAUGAUUCUUCAUUCGAUAUGGCUUAGAAGGCUCAAUAUAAGGCUACCCCUUUGA